GCGACGCACCGCUGCUGGUGCUGCUUCCCCGCGAGGCAAAACGGAAAAAACCCACUGAACUCUGGCGCGAGGAGGCGAAAGGACGGAAUACGAUGGACAUUGCAUCUUUACUUCAGGACCUAAAGCUUGGCCCCGCCCCCUCAGACAUGCCCCGCCCAUCUCGUGCCCUCCCUCCAAUCACGGAGCUCCUGUCUCAGCUGUGGGAGAAGCUGAUUGGCUCAGCAGAGCAGCACUCUGAGAGCUGCUCUGUGAUUGGUGCGGUGGAGCAGCUCUUCAGGGUGGCGGAUCCUGAUUGGCUCUUCUCUCCAGCCAGCGAGGAGGGAGGCUGGGCGGAGCUUCAGGCGGCGCAUCGCGCUCUGGUCUGCGCUCUGAUUGGCUGCGCCGACCUGCCGCUCUGUGAGGAGGGGGGCGGUUCCCCGAGCGCCGCGGCCUAUCAGGACGUCCCGUCUCGAGCCGCUGCCGUUAGCUCCGCCCUCACGGUGCUGCUGGAAACUUUGGGAAGGUGGACUGGAUGUGAAGGGGCGGGGCUUCUUCUGGCUCUGGCUCCUCCCAUCUGUGUGUUUGCCGUCACUCAUUUCCAGGACGCGUGGUGGACGACGCCCACCUCCAGGGCCGCCGCGCGCAGCCUGCAGGGGGCGCUGCUGAGGGCGGGCCGCCGGAAAGACUCCGCCCACCUGCUCAGCGGGGACGGGGACGGGGCGCCGGGCAUCCUGGGAGGAGUGCUGGACAUCCUGCAGCCUCAGCUCGGCAGGGACGCCGUGGAGCGCCGCCCCGCCGCCGCGCUGCUGUUCGCCUGGACGCUGCUGCAGAUCCGUCAGCCGGUCCUGUCCCCCCUCCUCCCUCGGCUCCUCCCCCCCUCCCUCCUCCUCAAUGACCACUACAGACCAGAGAACUGCAUGCUGGGAGUUCAGUGUCUGCACCACAUCGUGCUGAACACACCUCCUGCAGAUCUUCUUCACUUCAACCGGGCGGAGCUUCUCUACCAGGCUCUGUUCAAACACCUGUACAGCAGCGAGGCUGCAGUCAUCCAGCUGGUUCUGUCCUGCCUGCUGGACCUGCUGCUGGUCCUGGAGAAGCCCCCCUCCUCUUCCUCCUCCUCCUCCUCCUCCUCCAGGCUGUCCUGUCGUCAUGACGACGUGCUGCGUCUGGUCCUGACCCGCAUGGAGGCGGAGCAGCAGGUGGCGCUGCGGCGCGUCUUCGCCGCCGCUCUGCCGCCGUACAUCGACAGGAUGGGCGUGGCCGUCUGCAGACACCUGCGGCGGUUGGAGCGGGUGGUGCUGGGAUACCUGGAGGUCGGAGAUCCGCCCGAAGAGUCCAGUCGGCUGAGCGUCCUGGAGGCGCUGCAGAGAGCGAGCCGAGCGGCGUGGCCGCGGUUGCGCCGUCGCGCCGCCGUGCUGCUCCGCCCACUGCUCCGCCUCCUCGUCGACGUUUCUUCAGACCCGCGGCUGAAAGAGUCGGUCAGGCAGAGCGUGACGAAUCAAACGCUCCUCUGCAUGCGGCUGCUGGACGCCUGCUCGCACGGGGACGUGCAGCGCCUCCUGCAGAACGUGGACAGCAGCUGCUGCAGCUCCCAGCUGAUCGGUUACCUAGCAACAGUAACCACGACAACCGAGAGGUGAGGCGGGGCCUGAAGAGGAGGCGGGGCCUGAAGAGGAGGCGGGGCCGACACGCUGCUGCUGAUUGGACCUUCAGAAUGUGUGAUGUCACAUUGAAAAUUUUCUCGGUUCUUCGAGAACUUGAAGUUUUAAAUAAAGUUUAUGAUUAAAAAAAAACAAAACGAAUCCCGGAGCUUUACUGAGGCGAAGCUUUAUUGUGAAAAGCGCCCGUCAGAAUAAAGGUUCCGUCUCCAGAGCCCGUCAGAA